AUGGCCGAGCUGGGCGCCGCAGCGGCCAGGUACGCCACCAAGUACGGCAUCGCGUGCGAUAGGUACGACAAGCACCGCAGGUACGACAUUAAGUACGGCGACGAGCUCUCCGAGUACGACGGCGGGAGAGACAUUUCCGCCUACCCCCAGAACUAUUUUGGCUUCCAGGGCCGCGACGGGCAUCAGGGCUACGAUA